AGAGAAGUGUAAUAAAUAUAAAGGGUGUGAGUGUAAUUUACCCAAAAUAAUUCUACCUCGGGUUCUAGUCCGAUCCCCCCGUCAAAAGAACAACCUCAGCUUGUCGCCGAGAAUCGCCACCACAACUCACGGUGAAAUUUUCCUGAUCAAUCUUUCCCGGUUCAAGUUGGGGAAAUGCAAUCGUUUUGUGGGAGAAUUCGAUUGGUUAGAAGGCACGCCACGAACAGCUCAAAGAUUGUCGAUUUCAAUUCAGCGAAAGGUUUUCCAUUGAUCAAACCUAUUUCUUUGGCUCGGAUUGAAGAGAGAGAUGUCAAAUUUGUGGGUAGUUCUGUUGAUUGUUCAAAUGGGUUGUUCUACCAGUCGCUGCGCAAGUUCACUUCUCGCUCACCACUUUCAUUGACAAAACCCAGUAUCAAAACAGACUUGCUCACGUCAUCUAAUAAUGGUGGUAUACUUUCAGUAUCACUGUUAUACAGGGAUCCUAAGCCAGGUCCUUUUCACCAAUCUAUGGCACUGCAAACUCUGUCCAGUAGGUGCAUCACUACAGUGACUAAUUCAGCCGAUGCCAUUGCACAAGGUGCUGCUUCUGUCUCUGAAGUUGCUCCACGCAUCAAAUUUAAGAGGCUUGAUAAAACAGCCAAGCAUAUAAUGCAGAUUCUUGAUAAGGAAGCUGUGGAGGAAGUGAGGAAACAAAAAGAACUACCUGAUAUAAAGCCUGGUUAUAUCAUCCAGCUCAAAGUGGAAGUGCCUGACAAUAAAAGGCGUGUUUCAAUACUGAAAGGCAUUGUUAUAGCAAGGCGCAAUGCUGGUUUAAAUACUACAUUUAGAUUAAGGAGGCUUGUCGCUGGAGUUGGAGUUGAAUCUCUCUUCCCACUGUACUCACCCAAUAUAAAGGAGAUAAAGGUGCUGGACAAGAAGAGAGUGAGGAGGGCCAAGCUUUACUAUCUCAGGGAUAGAAUGAAUCCACUGAAGAAGUAAUAGCAAACCCAUUUUAAAAUGGGGAAGCUUGAUUGCAUUACUGGGAGAACAACUCACUACCUGUACGUUUUUAGUCCCUGCGCUACUUAUUUUGUUUGUCAAAUCAAGUUUUGGAUUUAUCGAUCUUUGUUUUUUUUAUUGCUUUGGUG